AGGACAGGAGUUGAGCUGAGGCUCGACAUGAUGCAUUCCAACAGCUCCUUGACGUCCGAUUGGACGGAUUUCUCCGACGAUCGACUGCGCUAGCCGGUUAUCGUAUUGUUAGAACUACGCUAACUACUUUCAGUUGUCGCGCGCACCAACGACCCCACUGCAUGAUGGCCCAUCAUCCUCCAUCCUCAUCAACCUGUCCGGCUUGCAAGUCGGCGAUUACGGAUAUAGGAUAUUCAGCGAAACUAAAUCCUUCAUUCACAACGAUGAUGAAGAAAUAUAAUGGGAGUUCGACAAUCGCCGGUAGGAGAGAAGAGGGAAGAACAGAAUCAGUACUAUAAGACAUCCAGAAGCGCAAUCGAUUCAGGCGUGGAUAGCCUCGCAACCACCAUCAAGUAGCAGUCUUCUUCUAUUCGGCACUAGUAUCAUCCAUCAACAAUGGAUUCUUCGUCCCUUCCACCCACCAUGAAGGCCCUCGUGUGCCCUGAGGCAGGCCAACCCUUGGCUCUCCAAGUCGUCCCAACCCCGACCGCCGUCCACGGCAGCGUCAUCGUCAAGAUCAUCGGGGCCUACUUCGACGAUACGAUACCCUUCAUCCUCUCAGGCAAAGGCCCCUUCAGCUUCCCCAAAAACCUGAUCCCUGGCAGCCGAGCCAUCGCCCGCGUAGCAGCCCUAGGCCCGGACACGACAAGCCUCGAGGUGGGCCAGCUGGUGAUGCUAGAGCCCUUCCUACGGGCGCGGGACAACCCGCGAGUGGAGAUCCUAUGGGGCAUCUUCGACGGCCCCACCCCAGCCAGCAAGAAGUGGGCGGCCGACAACUGGUCCGCGGCCGGGUACGCCGAGUACUGCCGCGCGCCCCUGGAGAACUGCCACGCGCUCGACGAGCGCCGCCUGUGCGGCAGCGCUGCCGACGGCGGCCUGGCCUACUCGCCCGAAGACCUGCUGCACCUGCCCACCCAGCUGAUCGCCUACAGUGGCCUUCGAUCCGUCAACGUCCAGGCCGGCGAGACCGUCCUCGUCGCCCCCGCCACCGGCUCCUACAGCGGCGCCGCCGUCCAGGUCGCCGUCGCCAUGGGCGCCAACGUCGUGGCCAUGGGCCGCAACGUCGCCGAGCUCAAGCGCCUCCAGGACCUGUUUCCCGGCCGAGUCAGCAUCGUGCAGAACACUGGCGACGUCGAGGCCGACGCUGCGGCGCUGCGGCGGGCAGGAGGGGAGAUCGACGUCUACCUCGACAUCUCGCCAGCCUCAGCCAAUGAUUCGACACACGUCCGCAGCUGCUUCAUGGCCGUGCGGCAGUACGGGCGGGUGUGCCUGAUGGGCAUUAUCAGCCGCGAUCUGGCCAUGCCGUACCAGCUGGCCGUGUGGAACAACCUGACCAUCAAGGGGCAGUACAUGUACGAGAGGGAGUACGUUCAAGGGCUGAUCAAGCUUGCCGAGAGCGGGGCUCUCAAGCUGGGCAGGGAAGGGGGGGUCGAGAUCGUGGGCAAGUUCAAGCUUGAGGAGCUGGACAAGGCCAUUGCGGCGUCGAGGGCGACUUCUGGGUUCGGAAAACUAACCAUUCUGGCCCCAUGAGUCUAAGGCUCAAGAUUAAUGAGUGUCCUUAGCGAGAGCUUGCACAUUAUCCAUCUAAUAGCUACACUAUGACCAUCCGCAGAGCAAUAUCGCAAGUGAUAAACUUCCGAUUCAGACCACUUCUACGACCCAGCUAGGUACUGUAUAACCCAUAGAGUGAUGAGCCGUACUUUCCUACUAUCAGAUUACAAGAGCAACUGCUAUUCUUUUCCAGGCAAGAAAGAGACUAUACAAGGUGGUCGAU